UAGGGGCUGGCAGGGACGAAGGCGACGACUGGCUGCGCAUUCCCUCACCGGCUCCUUUAGAGCCAAGUGGACCGCACGAAAGCGCUCGAUCAGUUCCCACAUUCUAGAAGAUCCUCAACCUCCCAGGCAAACCCUUCCGCUCGGCGAUCUACUUCUUUCCCUAUUCAGGCCCCUCCCCUCUUCCCCAGUCCUACGAUUUCCGUUUGCCUGGUUGUCUGGGAAACCAGCAACUUCCGGCCUCGCAGCGGUGGGCGGAGCUAAGAUGGCUGAAGAGAAACUGUCUGUGAGAACUCAGGUUCCUGCGUCUGCUGAAUCUCAAAAAUCCCGGCUGAAAAAAGCUCCAGAGUUUCCUAUUUUGGAAAAGCAGAACUGGUUGAUACAUCUCCAUUAUAUCCGGAAGGAUUUUGAAGCAUGCAAGGCUGUUAUCAAAGAACAGCUUCAGGAGACUCAGGGGUUAUGUGAAUAUGCUAUCUAUGUCCAAGCUUUGAUAUUGCGCCUGGAAGGAAAUAUCCAAGAAUCCCUAGGACUUUUUCAGAUGUGUGCAGUCCUCAGCCCUCAGUGUGCUGAUAACCUCAAGCAGGUGGCCAGAUCUCUAUUUCUUUUGGGAAAACAUAAAGCUGCCAUUGAAGUAUAUAAUGAAGCAGCUAAACUUAAUCAGAAAGACUGGGAAAUCUGUCAUAACCUAGGAGUUUGCUACAUUUAUCUGAAACAGUUUGACAAGGCACAAGACCAGUUGCUCAGUGCCCUACAUCUUAACAGACAUGAUCUGACUUACAUAAUGCUGGGCAAGAUCUUCUUGCUGAAGGGAGACUUGGACAAGGCCAUCGAAAUCUACAAGAAAGCAGUGGAGUUCUCACCAGAAAAUACAGAACUUCUCACAACUUUAGGAUUACUCUACCUACAGCUCGGCAUUUACCAGAAGGCAUUUGAACAUCUUGGAAACACAUUGACUUAUGACCCUACCAACCACAAGGCCAUCUUGGCAGCAGGCAGCAUGAUGCAGACCCACGGGGACUUUGAUGUUGCCCUCACCAAAUACAAAGUUGCAGCGUGUGGUGUUACAGAAAGCCCUCCACUCUGGAAUAACAUUGCAAUGUGCUUCUUUGGCAAGAAGAAAUAUGUGGCAGCCAUCAGCUGCCUGAAACGAGCCAACUACCUGGCACCUUUAGAGUGGAAGAUUCUCUAUAAUUUGGGCCUUGUCCACUUGACUAUGCAGCAGUACGCAUCUGCUUUCCAUUUCCUCAGUGCAGCCAUCAACUUCCAGCCGAAGAUGGGGGAGCUCUACAUGCUUUUGGCUGUGGCUCUGACCAAUCUGGAGGAUACGGAGAAUGCCAAGAGAGCCUAUGAAGAAGCAGUCCGCCUCGAUAAGUGUAACCCUUUAGUGAACCUGAACUAUGCUGUGCUGCUGUAUAACCAGGGCGAGAAGAGGGAUGCCCUGGCCCAGUAUCAGGAGAUGGAGAAGAAAGUCAACCUACUCAAGUAUAGUAGCUCUCUGGAAUUUGAUCCGGAGAUGAUGGAGGUCGCCCAGAAGCUGGGAGCUGCUCUACAGGUCGGGGAGGCACUGGUCUGGACUAAACCAGUUAAAGAUCCCAAAUCAAAGCACCAGACUGCUUCAACCAGUAAAGCCACCUGUUUCCAGCAGCCUCUGGGCUCUAAUCAAGCUCUGGGACAGGCAAUGUCUUCAGCAGCCACAUACGGGAAGCUCCCCUCAGGUGCUGGAGGAACAUCCCAGCUCACAAAGCCACCAUCCCUUCCUCUGGAGCCAGAGCCCACUAUGGAAGCACAACCCGCGGAAGCAUCAGCACAAACCAGAGAAAAGUAGGUGUAGGAUGACCCCGGAGCUGGGCUUUCUUUGGUGAGGACCUACCAGAUUAGGAAAGGUCCCAUGACACAGGCAGCACAUACAAGAACGUGUGAUGAUGAUCACCAGGAUGCUGAAGCCUUCACAGCCCCUGGCUGCCCCAUGAGCUAGGAAAGAGGAGAUGGCCCAGAUGAGUUCUCUUAAGAACUGAGAGCAAGGCUUUGGCUCUGUAUGUGGUGCCAAGAGCCAGCAGGGCACGUGACAGUGUUUGCUGUGGAAAGGAUUUACCUCCCGUCGACUGAGCCCUUUGUGGAAGAAAAGUCUGAGAUAGAUCUCUGCUGGCAUGACAGAGCCUUGGCUUAGCUGAGGUGAUCCUUGGGCUGUGUGGUAGGUAUAUUGGCCACCAAGGGAAACACAAAUCUUGAAUUAAUAAUCCAGUUCUAAUAGUAGAAAUUAGAAGAUGAAGAAAAAAAAAAAGCUCUUUAAAUUGUGGCCCAGUCUAUUGAGUAUCUCAGCUGCACUUGCCCAGAAGAAUCCAGAAAAAGCCCCUAUAGCUUGUUCUUGAGCGAGGUCAGAGAGAAGAGCCAGAUCAUGUCAGUAUGAAAAGAGAUAAAGGGCUGGUCUGGUAUUAGCACCAAGGACUGGGGAAAAAAAAAAAGGAGGAGCUUCUUAAAACCUCCUCAGUUAAGACAUUCAGUGAUACCACUGACCAGAUGCUAGCAAUACAUUAUAUAUCCUUUUCAGAAUAAAGAUUAUGUAUCAUCCCUUUGGGAAAAGUUGCUAUUAAUGUAUAAGGGAUCACAAUAAAAUGUUUCUGGAAGAA